AGUGUUAGAGAUCCUUUUUAUUCCCAUAUCCACUCUCCUGAGACAAGCUCUGCCCUCUGGGACGUUGUGACAUUGACAUUAUUCAUUACCUGUUCUGUUUCUUAACAGGACCGUUAUAACUCACAUAAAUGCAUUGAAAGUUUUCUAUAGUAAAAUUAAGUCGAAGUGUACAAAAGGACAUCAGUUUCUGAAACAGAAAUCUUGUAAUCUAAAAACGCAAUCCUGAGUCGCAUGACCACAUUUGAAUUUUCACAAAGAAACAAACAUUUCAUUCAUUGAGUUAGCUUCUUUUUUUCAGGACCAAACAAUGAGGCCCACACAUUGAUCAUAAUCAAAAAUAAUUCAAAAUAUAUUUGAGUUGAGUACAGGCUAUUUAAGUUUUUGAUCAUCUCAAUAUGACAAAAAAAUAAGAAUAUAUUCAAAUUGAAUAAUACAAAAGACUAUCGAUUCAUACUUAUUUUCUGAUUCAUAUAAUAAAGCAUCUACCACUCUCACUGACACAUCUGCUGCACUUUGACAUAUAAGUAUUAGUGCUAUUAUGUGAUUUAAGCAGUACUGAGUGCAGAGAGAGAGAGAGAGAGAGAGAGAGAGAGAGAACAUGUGACAGUGAGAGAUGGAGGGGGUGGAAUGUCAUUCAUGGUUCAUGGGCAGAGUGGGCAAAUGGAUGAAGACAAUGAGACGUGAUGUUAGUUGGAGAUGUAUACAUAACAGAAAACAUCUGUUUAGAUAUUCAUCGUUUUUGGACCUGUUUGAAUACAAUUGAAAAACUUUUGGGAGGUGAAUUCUACUUUUGGAAUAUGCCGAUGGCAGCUUAAUUGCCAUAAAGAGGAAAUAAUCUACAGGUCAGAUGUAAAAGGUAACCGUCUCCAAAUUUACUUCUUUACUGAAAAUUGUGUCAAACUAAUUGCGUAUUUUUGUGUAAUAUAACAACAUGUAAUUUUAACUAUUUCUGGGACCAUAUUUGUUUUCAUAUGACUUUGAUGUUCUUUUAGCACUGUGAAAUUACCCGCUGGCACAGAUAAAGAAGAUUUUCUGAAUCUUGGAUGCUAUUCAGAUGGUAUAGCAUGAUGAGGCAGAUGAUGUCCACAGUAGAGAUGAGAGCUCUGAAAUGCUGGACGAUCCCUGCCAUACUAACAAUUCUACAGCAAACGUGGAUUUUAGCAAUGGAAAUACCUCCUGAUGUCAGACAGCCUCCAAUGAUCAUUAAGGAGAGUGUUCAAGACUACAUUGCAGAUCCAGUGGAUCCCAUUGUAGUGGAGUGUGAGGCUACAGGGAAUCCGCCUCCAGUCUUCACAUGGACACGUAAUGGAGUAUACCUGAAUGUAGCACGGGACCCUCAGGUCAGCAUGAGGAGGCGUUCUGGUACAUUGGAGAUUUUCUUCUGGGGUCGCCCUGAUGACUACGAGGGCGUGUAUCAGUGCACAGCAACUAAUGAGUUUGGCUCGGCUCUGUCAAGUCACAUCCAUCUACGUGUCUCCAAGGCUCGUACAUGGUUGAAAGAAUAUCUGGAGCCAGUCUCGGUGGUGGUUGGACUUCCUCUCAUCCUUCCCUGCAACCCUCCUGUAGGCCCUCCAAAUCCUGACACCUACUGGCUAAACAGCACCAUGGCACCUAUACGUCAGGAUCGUCGAGUAUCAAUGGCUGAGAAUGGAGAUCUGUACUUCUCCAGUAUCGUGGAAGAGGACGCUCUUACGAACUACGUCUGUGUUGCCCGCUUCCCCUUUACGAACACCAUUCAACAGAAACCACCUCUCAUCCUACAGGUGCUCACAGCUCGCAUGGCAGCCCGCACAGCACCCAAGUUUAUGAAACCCAAAGGAACUGCCAGCACAAUGACGGCAAUGUUGGGGGAAGAACUUGUUUUGGAGUGUUUUGCUGCCGGAGUUCCAACUCCCUCCAUCAAAUGGACCAAAAAUUGGGAGGAGUUGUCCUUGGGAGGAAAGAAGUUACAGAACUUUAAUAAAACGCUCAGAAUAAAGAACAUCUCUAUGGAGGAUGGAGGAGACUACAUAUGCACCAUCUCAAAUAGGAUGGGCAGCUUGGACCACGUCAUCACUGUCACGGUCGAAUCGGUUCCAUUCUGGGUGGAGAGACCUGAGAGUCUGGUUUUGUCUCGCGAUGACAGUGGUAGUAUAGUGUGUAGAGCUGAUGGAAUUCCUCAACCCCAGAUUCAGUGGCUGGUCAAUGGAUGGCCUAUCAUGGAUGCCCCUAGGAGUCCGGGCAGAGAGGUUUCAGGAGAAACUUUGACGUUCCACUCUGUUGUUCCAAACAGUGCUGCUGUGUUUCAGUGCAAUGCUUCAAACCAGUAUGGCUAUAUCAUGGCAAAUGCUUUUUUGGCUGUAAUGGAUAUGAAACCACGUCUGUUGGGACACAGAGAUGAGCUUGUUAAAUCGACAGAAGGAAAUCAUACUCUUUUAGGCUGCCCAUAUUUUGGCUCUCCUAAGCCUGACCUGCGGUGGUCAAAAGGAGGAAUGGGUAUAUUAGAAGGCGGUCAUUACAGGGUUCUUACGAAUGGUACAUUGGAAAUCAGAAACACAAAGCUGCAAGAUCAGGGAACCUAUGUGUGCGUUGCGAGCAACGUCAUUGGACGAGAUGAGAAGGAGGUUCAAUUGGAGGUCAAAGAGCCCACCAAAAUCAUCCGUGCACCGCACAAUACUGUAGUCAUAAGAGGAAGUCUGGCUCGAUUUGAUUGUAAGAUCAAAUUUGACACAACUAUGGAGGUUGUUGUCACUUGGCUUAAAGACAAGAAGUUCUUGAUCUUAGGAAGGAGGAUGACAAAGGAUGAGGAUUCUCUGAGUAUUGCUGAUGUGUACAGAAGGGAUGAAGGCAUAUAUACAUGCAGAGUUAAAAGUGAACUGGAGGAGGUUACUGCCUCAGCUAAACUCACUGUGAUGGACCGUCCAGACCCUCCCACUGAUUUAGAGGUGUCUGACCCAUCAGAGAGGAGUGUUAGACUCACCUGGGUACCAGGACUGAGCAACCACAGUCCUCUUAAAGAAUACUUGGUUCAGUACACCGAAGAUCUCCUUGCUGAUUAUUGGCUGAUACCGAGUGGCUGGAGGAAUCUGACCAGUUACCCUGGCAAUCUAAACUCUGUAAUUUUACAGCUGACACCAUUUGUAGAGUACCGUUUCCGGGUCAUUGCUGUAAAUGGUAUAGGCCCCAGUAAACCCAGCUGGCCGUCUGUAUACUACCAGACUGGUGGGGCUGUGCCUGAUGCCAUUCCAAGAAACAUUAAAGGACUGGGGAGUGGAGUGUUCAGAAAUAACAUGGAAAUCAGCUGGGAGCCUCUGGAGUACAGAGAAUGGAAUGGCCCAAAACUGGGCUAUAUGGUUUGGUGGAGACGAAGGGAUUCAAGGGAGGAGUGGAAGAACUAUACAACAUACUGGUGGUGUAGCCACAUCAUCUAUGACACUGACACCUUCACACCCUAUGAGAUUAAAGUUCAGGCAAUCAACUUCUUCGGCUACGGCCCAGAAUCCCCUGUCGUCAUUGGCUACUCUGGAGAAGACCGUCCUAUUGCCGCUCCAUCCGAGCUGAGGGUAUCAGACAUGGAGAGCACAAAGCUGACAGUCCAUUGGGAACCAGUAGCAAGGGCUGAUAUCAUGGGUGAAAUAAAAGAGUACAAAAUUUACUACUGGAGAGAGAGCAGUCGUCUGCCCUGGCAUACUGUAAGCAGGAGGAUUAAGACCAAGAGUUUUAAAGCUAAUGGACCACGUCUAUCUGGAACCCUGACUGGUCUUGUCCCUUAUAGUAACUACAGGAUGUAUAUUGUAGUGGCCAAUAACCGCUAUGAGGGUCCGCCUAGCCACACUAUUGAGUUUCAGACACUUGAAGGAGUGCCAUUGAUUCCCAGAUCUUUCAGAAUCAUGCACAAGCACUAUGACACCAUUUACCUUGACUGGGAAGAACCCGCAGAACCCAAUGGUAUUCUGACAGGAUAUGUCCUCAAAUACCAGACCCUGAACGUCACAUUGGCCGACAGAAUCCAGGUGGAAUACAUUCCUCCAAACAUCACCUACUUCUCCCUGCGUCGUUUUGACCGAUACACAAGAUAUAAGUUCUCAUUGGCAGCUCAGACCCAGGUUGGAGUAGGGGAAGCGUUUACGGAAGAAUCACCCCAUUUUACAACCGAGGAGCAUACAAGGGAGCAAGUGGACAUUGUGACGCAGGGUUGGUUCAUUGGUUUGAUGUGUGCGACUGCUCUUCUGGUCCUCAUCAUGCUUAUUGUCUUUUUCAUCAAGAGGAGUCGAGGAGGAAAGUACCCAGUACGGGACAAAAAAGCUUUUGCGCUGGAACCUAUGGACGAUAGGGAGAAUGGAACAUUUGAUUACAGGAUAACACGAGUGCCCACCUUGCCCUACUCUAGACGUGAGGAAGAAAGUCAACAGGGACGCAGUCAAGCUGCAAUCGAGCACAUUGGGAGGAGAACAAACAGUGACGACAGCCUCAUGGAGUACGGAGAGGGGGAAGAGAUCGAGUUUAAUGAGGAUGGCUCUUUCAUUGGAGAAUACACGGGCAUCAGUAAGAGGAACAUAGAUAGGAGCCCAUACCAUGACAACUCUGAGCCCACAUCUCCUGUGGCCAUCUACUCUUUUGCUUAGAGAAAGCAUGAGCUAAUGUUGGGAUGCCCACCAUCAUAAACUGCCUUUACACAGCCGGAGGUGACUUCACAUCCUACAACUGAGAGUGAACUGACUAUACUCCUUUUUUUUAUGUGGGACAGGCUGGAAAUUAUGUAUAAAGGUGUGUUUAGAAGGUGUUUGGCCAGUUAGCUGAGUGAAGCUGUGUUUCUGGGGAUUUCAUUACACCAAUCAGAUUUGUUAUUUGAUUUUUUAUCUACAAAUCAUGUGAGGGAAAGCCGGACAAUGACAUCCUGAUGUGUUUAUCAUGUUGAUAAGAAGAUAGAAGAGAUGUGGCUGAUGGAAGUUUGAUUAGCUGAACAACUCAUGUUCACUCAUUUUCCAGUCAAUUCACAGACAUUUACUUACACAGAUAUCUGUUGAAAUGUUGGAUGUACAGAACUUCCACAAUGCGCUUUUAUGUAACCAGUGUUUCAUAUCACUGAUAAUUGCCACUAAUGCUGAUUUUAUAUUGUGAAUUAUAAUAUAUCUCUUCAUGUGUGUUUGCUUAUCUGUUCUGUGAUUCCUUGUAGUAAUGGUAUGGUAGGUUACAUUACCAGAAAUACCUCGGUCUAACUUUCAGCUGCUUAUUUAAAACUCAUGCAUAUUACAGAAUUAGGUGCAUGAUAUCUAUUGAAUUUUUCUGUAAGAGUACUUAAGUGUUGUAGUCCUUUUGCUUAAAUUAUUAAAAAUCAUGAAAUUAAUAAAUUGAAUGUCAUAACUGCAGUAAAUAUCACAGA